AUGACGGUCGUGAUUGAUGCCCUCGAUGAAUGCGAGGGUGAUGAAGAUAACGAUCGUUCAGCAGUAGUCCCUUUGAAAUUCUUUGUCACCAGCCGGUUUGAGCCUCCAAUACGUCUCGGGUUCCGGGGGGCUCAAGGCAAAUUCAUAGAGUUUCCCGUUCACGAGAUCCCACAGGCCGUGAUAGAGCGGGACAUCACAACCUUCCUGAGGUUUCGAUUAGAUGAAAUCCGGUCCAGUUUCGAGCUCGGUUCUGAUUGGCCAGACCCAAACCAGUUCCGCAGACUUGUAAAAAGUUCUGUACCGCUUUUCAUCUUUGUGUCUACUACCUGCCGUUUCAUCGAGGAUAAUCGGCUAGUCGGUGGGCCAGACGAUCGGAUUAAAAGGAUACUUGAACACAAGGCCGGUGGGACCUUUGAUGCGACAUACCUGCCUGUCUUAAGCCAAAUGGUCGAUGGACUCAAGGGCUCGGUACGUAGCGAUAUAAUCACAGAGUUCAAGAAGAUUGUGGGAUCAAUAGUCACCCUUGCAAAUCCUCUUGGCGCUGCACCACUGGCAUGUCUCCUUGGCAUUCCUACUGAACACGUGAAAAACAGAUUAAAGCUACUUCACUCUGUUCUAGAUAUUCCAAGCGACCCGGGGAAUCCGCUGAGAGUCUUCCAUGAAUCGUUUCGAGACUUCCUCAUUCAUGCAGACCCGGAUGAGACGCACGAAUUUUGUGUUGAUGAGAAGGCCACCCACCAGAUGGUUGCAGGCAGAUGUCUUGCGUUGCUUUCCCACGAAGCGCCGGGGCGUCUUCGCACUAUUCUCGACAGGCAAAGGAUUGACCGGUGUCUGCCAUCACAUAUUCAAUAUGCGUGCUUGUACUGGGUACAUCAUUUGAAGAAGAGCGGAGUCAAGUUGGAUGACGAACACCUAGCUCUGCCGUUCUUUCUUGAUCAUUUCCUUCACUGGCUUGAAGCCUUAAGCCUGAUAGGAAUGAUAUCCGAGGGCAUCGUGCUAAUCAAUGAGUUACAGGGGCUGGUUGAUCAAGCAUUGCUCCACUGCAACUUUAUCAUUCUGGACUGGUUUUUGCACCAGUACAAAACCCUCGAGGGGCUUUCUGAUUUGGUCCAGUCGGUGGUCUUCUCCCAGGACGGCCAAACGGUGGCCUCUAGCUCGUAUGAUAAGACGAUCAAGCUCUGGGAUGCUCAGACAGGCAAGGAGCUACAGAGCCUCGAGGGAUGUUCCGACUCGGUCUCUUCCAUCGUCGGCCGAAUUUCGAGCCAAUCUAACCCUCACAUUUCCGUCGCAAAUGACUGGGUCGCCUUUGGAAACGAAAAUCUGAUAUGGCUUCCUGUUGAGCAUCGCUAUUUCAUCUGCUCAGAUGUACGACACGACAGGCUGGCUCUCGGUUACUCUAGGGGCAAUGUCUUGAUUAUGGGUUUCCGUAAUAAUUAA